GGUCAGCCGCGGGGUGGGCGUGUCCAGCCGCGGUCCGUGUCCGCCCGCCCCGCCCGCGGGCGCGCCAUGUGCCGGGCGCCGGGGCAGGUUGGCAGAAGCCUCCGUUCCCGCUUCCCCAUCUCCCUCCCUCCCUCCCGCCUGCCGGCCGCCCGCGCACGGAAAAACAAGAUGAAGGAACUAGUGUCAAACAGUACAGCAAAUAUAUCUCAAGCCAGGAAAGCUGUGGAGCAAUUAAAAAUGGAAGCAUACAUGGACAGGAUGAAGAUGGAGCACACACAGAUCAAUGAAACACGUAACUCCUGGAGGAUAAGCUCUGCUAAAACCCAUGUAGCUCUGCCCUGCUUCUCACUCCUCUCAUCUGCUGCUAGUGUCCUAAAAAAACCCCAGUCACCUGCUAAGGGCAAUAAUUAGGCAAACAAACAUUAAAAAAAUCGAAUGCUACCACCUGGCUACCUGUGAUACAAAGUUAUCCCUAUGGUACUCAUCAAAGCAUGCGUCUCCUCCCUGUCAGACAGGAGAUGCUCAUCCAGAGCAAAUUCAACAGUGGCACCUUAAGUUUGCAAGCAGCCUGAGGGCUAAAAUUUCUGUCUUUUCUAUCUCCAGCUCUUGUGACCAACAUGUUGUGCCUGUACUGUACUUUGUGUGCCAGAGGUACAGCCCGAGUCAGUAAUGUCAGAGCAGUACAUCUGCUCAGAAAGCGCAGAGUGAAAAUGGUGCGAGUUUGGUAAAUGAUAUCUAAUAGUGGCAUAACCCAAACCAAAAUUUGCUAUCCUGUGGGAAAAUAAUUUGACGUUAUCUAGAAGUUAUAUUUCAGAUAUGUCUUUUCAUGCUAUAUAUAUAUAUCUCCAUGAUUCUAAAAUCUCUGGAAAAGUCUCAUUUUUAUACGGGCCAAGACUUUUCAAAAAGCGUACCUAAAACUCAGUGCCUUGAAUCCAUUUUUAGACACUCCGCUAUCAGCUUGCUUCCCCAAAAUACCAGUCCCCAUAAAACCCCUCAGGAAUGCAAACUGCUUUGGUAAUGGGAACUUCUGAAAAACAGGCUGAUGGCUGGAGCUGAUCGUUUCAUGAUUUACAGCCAGGUGCACCCUUCCAGUGUCAUACACAACACGGGAAGUACCACUGCUUGUGUCUUCUACAGAUUAUGAAGGUGGUAGGCUUAGAUUACAUCUUUGGCUUUAAAAUCUUGCAGAGAAUCUGAGAGAAAAUGGAGUAGGAAACUCCAGUCUUCUACAACUGGACUGCAUUUUUAAUCAUUUCCUGCAUAACUAACAAAGAAAUGCAUAUAUCUUACCCUUUUGACCAAGAUACCCUGUUUCUCUAAUGUGGAAGAUAAAAGUAGGAACAGAUUUCUCCUAUUUUAUACGUUAUAUAUUCCUUUAUCCCUGAGGAUGGUAGGUAUACCACUGUAUAGAAAGGAAGGUAUUAAGGAACUGGAUCCUCUGUUUUGUCUGCAAAGAAGUAAUCACUGCCAGAUAUGUUUGUCACUAAGAUACCUGUCAGUUCACCUGGCCUCGGUGGAGGCUUGGGGAGAGAACUUAACAUAUUGGCUACAAUGAAUACAGACAAAUAUAGAAUAAUAUUAGCAGUUGGACCAGCUUUUAUUUCUGCAGCUGAACCUGCUGAAAGACAAGUGAAAUGUAAAUAGUGAUUAGUAACAACAGCAUUUUUGUAUAAAUACUUUUCCUAGUGCUAUUAUUUGCUGACAAGUACACAAUGCAUUGCAUAUUAAAUAUGCAUAAGCACGCAAACAAACCAAAGUUUAUGUAUUUUCAAAACAUUUUCCUUUUGCUCUUUAUACCAAUAUUUAAAGGUUAAAGUAAUUGGUUUUCUUUCUAAUAUCUCACUCCAGUUGGAUGAAAAAUGAUUCUUAAUUAAGCUGUUUGAAAGCACUUUAAGCAUUUUCCAAACACUUCUCACAGCUUGGGGAUUUUCAAAAGCAGUUUUAGUCUUCUUUUCGUGAAAACUCAAUCCUUUCUUUCAAUUAUACUUCAUACGUAUCAGGUUCUUUUAUUAAAGUAUGUGUUUCUGACAGAAUAGUAUCAGCAAGUAUUCACUUAAGCCUUACGGCUGUUACACAUGAACUUCUAGUUUACACAUUAACUUCUGAGAAGCCUUUGAUUAUUUAUCCACAUCACUUUUUUUUCCAAGUAGGUUCACCCUAUGAUUCUAUAAUUCCGUGAUUCUUCUCUUUAUUGAAUCACAGAAUGGUUUGAGUUGGAAGGGAUCUUAAAUAUCAUCCAGUUCCAACGCCCCUGCCCUGGGCAGGGACAUCGCCCACCAGACCAGGCUGCCCAAGGCCCCAUCCAGCCUGGCCUUGAACACCUCCAGGGAUGGGGUAUCCACAGCUUCCCUGAGCAACCUGUGCCAGCGCCUCACCACUGUCAUGUGAAGUUCUUCCCUAUGUCUAGUCUAAAUCUGCUCCUCUCCAGUUUAUACCCAUUGCCCCUCGUCCUAUCACCACAAGCCUUUGUGAACAGUCCCUCCCCGCUUUCUCGAAUCCCCUCCCUCUCCCUGCUGGCCACGCUGCUUUGGAUGCAGCCGAGCAUACGGUUGGCUUCUGGGCUCCAAGCACACAUUGCCGGCUCAUGUCGAGCUUCUCACCAACCAGCACCCCAAAGUCCUUCUCCACAGGGCUGCUCUAAAUCACAUCAUCCCCCAUCCUGCAUUGAAACCGGGGAUUGCCCAAAUGCUUA